AUGGUCAGCAACAAAAAAAAUACAAAUAAAGCUGACUAUAACGCGUUACUGCCUUCCACGACCAUUGAACCGAGAGUCCCAAGAUUUAUGGAUGCUUGGGUACACGGUUCUUCUCCGUUGGACAUAAAUUUGGAUAAUGUAACGUCAAUUAUUCUUCCACCACUUAUUUGGUUGGAAUCAGAGACAAUACCUUUAAAAAUGUCUGUUAGAAAUAUAGGAAUGACAUUUAAUGUCGAUGCUGAAUAUUCCGGACCAAGACCUUCGUUGAAUGGUUCUAUAUUGCAGUGCCCAUACGAAUUUUCAAGUUUUCAUUUUCAUUGGGGCACUAAACUUAAAAAUGGCAGUGAACAUCGUACUAUGGGAAAAUGUUCCCCCAUGGAAAUACACUUAGUAUUUUAUAAUAUAAGCUACUCAGAUACGUGCGAAGCCUUCAACGCCGAAGAUGGCAAACUAAUAUUGGCGUACAUGUGUAAAGUAUGA